GCCCUCGGGCUCCGACUCCGGCUCCGGCUCGGGCUCGCCGUGGCUGCGGCGGCGCCGUGAGGAGGAGUCCGCGUCCUCCGUGGCGGCGGCGGCGGCCGGCUCCAGGCCGGGUUUUGGCGCCGCCCGCCUGCUGCCUCCUGGCGGCUCCUGAACUCCAGCCCCCUCUCUAUCAGCCUCUCACUCCGUCUCAAUAUGUCUCAAGAUGGCGGCCAAUGUGGGAUCGAUGUUUCAAUAUUGGAAGCGCUUUGAUUUACAGCAGCUGCAGAGGGAACUCGAUGCCACCGCAACAGUAUUGGCGAACCGGCAAGAUGAAAGUGAGCAGUCUAGGAAGCGGCUCAUCGAGCAGAGCCGAGAGUUCAAGAAGAACACUCCAGAGGAUUUGCGCAAGCAGGUAGCACCACUGCUGAAGAGCUUCCAAGGGGAGAUUGAUGCACUGAGUAAAAGAAGCAAAGAAGCUGAGGCAGCCUUCUUGAAUGUCUACAAGAGAUUGAUUGAUGUUCCAGAUCCUGUGCCAGCUCUGGAUCUCGGGCAGCAGCUCCAGCUCAAAGUGCAGCGGCUGCACGACAUUGAAACAGAGAACCAGAAACUUAGGGAAACUCUAGAAGAGUACAACAAGGAAUUUGCCGAAGUGAAAAAUCAAGAGGUUACGAUAAAAGCACUUAAAGAGAAAAUCCGAGAAUAUGAACAGACUCUGAAGAACCAAGCUGAGACCAUAGCUCUCGAAAAGGAACAAAAGUUACAAAAUGAUUUUGCAGAAAAGGAGAGAAAGCUGCAAGAGACACAGAUGUCAACCACCUCGAAGCUGGAGGAAGCGGAACAUAAAGUUCAAACUCUGCAGACAGCCCUGGAAAAAACUCGAACAGAAUUAUUUGACCUGAAAACCAAAUAUGAUGAAGAAAUUACCGCCAAGGCCGACGAAAUUGAAAUGAUCAUGACGGACCUUGAAAGAGCAAACCAGAGGGCAGAGGUGGCUCAGAGAGAGGCGGAGACCUUAAGGGAGCAGCUCUCGUCAGCCAACCACUCUCUCCAGCUGGCCUCGCAGAUCCAGAAGGCGCCGGAUGUGGAGCAGGCCAUAGAGGUGCUGACCCGCUCCAGCCUGGAAGUUGAGUUGGCCGCCAAAGAGCGGGAGAUCGCGCAGCUGGUGGAGGACGUGCAGAGACUCCAGGCCAGCCUCAGCAAGCUGCGCGAGAACUCGGCCAGCCAGAUCUCCCAGCUCGAGCAGCAGCUGAGUGCCAAGAACAGCACCCUCAAACAACUGGAAGAAAAGCUCAAAGGACAGGCUGACUAUGAGGAGGUGAAGAAAGAGCUCAAUAUCCUGAAAUCCAUGGAGUUCACACCGUCCGAGGGAGCUGGGACACAGGACACAUCCCAGCCCCUGGCGGUGCUGCUGCUGGAGAGGAACCGCUCGCUGCAGUCCGAGAACGCCGCGCUGCGCAGCUCCAACAGCGACCUGAGCGGGCGCUGUGCAGAGCUGCAGGUCCACGUCACCGAGGCCAUGACCACGGCAGCUGAGCAGAGGGACCUGAUCGCCCGCCUGGAGCAGGACCUCAGCACCAUCCAGUCCAUCCAGCGGCCGGACGCCGAGGGUGCAGCUGAGCGCGGCCUGGAGAAGAUCCCAGAGCCCAUCAAGGAGGCCACCGCCCUAUUCUAUGGACCCUCUGCACCAGCCAGUGGCUCCCUCCCUGAGGGCCAGGUAGAUUCGCUGCUCUCCAUCAUCUCCAGCCAGCGGGAGCGCUUCCGUACCCGGAACCAGGAGCUGGAGGCUGAGAGCCGCCUGGCCCAGCACACCAUCCAGGCCCUGCAGAGCGAGCUGGACAGCCUGCGCGCCGACAACAUCAAGCUGUUUGAGAAGAUCAAGUUCCUGCAGAGCUAUCCUGGCCGGGGCGGCGGCAGCGACGACACAGAGCUGCGGUACUCGUCCCAGUAUGAGGAGCGCCUGGACCCCUUCUCCUCCUUCAGCAAGCGGGAGCGGCAACGGAAGUACCUGAGCCUGAGCCCCUGGGACAAGGCCACGCUCAGCAUGGGGCGUCUGGUUCUCUCCAACAAGAUGGCGCGCACCAUUGGCUUCUUCUACACACUGUUCCUGCAUUGCCUGGUCUUCCUGGUGCUCUACAAGCUGGCAUGGAGUGAGAGUGUGGAGAGGGACUGUGCCACCUUCUGCGCCAAGAAGUUCGCCGAUCACCUGCACAAGUUCCAUGAAAAUGACAAUGGGGCGGCGGCCGGGGACUUGUGGCAGUGACAUCCUGGGCCCCCCCACACGACAGUGAUGGCUGCAUCCCCACCCCUGCUUGUUCAGCUGCUUUUAAUGACUUAGACAUCCCUGGAGAAUCCCCCAGGGGAACUGCCCUUGCCCUCUGCCCUGCAGUGCUGGAGGUCCCAGGUCCACUUGUGCCCCCUUAAAAGAGUGUCUCAGCCACAGCAGGCCUCCUAGGUCCAGGAGCCCCCAAGGCACAGGCAGGCUGAGCUGAAGGGGACCCUCAGCCUCAUCUCAGGCUGCUGACCCCCACUGGGCCCCGCCCACAGCCUGACCUCUAGCCAAGGCAGCAGAGACCUCCCAUCUGUGGUACUGAGUGGGUUCCCCCUGAGUCUGGCCGUGGGGAAUCUCCUUGGCAUCCUCUGGACCUCUCUGGGCCAGGCUCUGGGACUCCCUAGGGGUCCCCUAGGACCCACCACCACCCCUAACAGAUGGAGGGCCCUUCCUUGCAGGCCAGCAGGCUUUGAGUCCAGCCCCCUAGCCUGCCUUUGUCACCGCCACACCUACCCCAAGAAGAGGGGGAGCCCCAGAGGGCAGGAUAGUUUCUGUUAGCCCCUCCCUGCCCCCAGACCCACUGUGAUUUUUGCUUUCUUCUUUAGCGAGAUAUUUUAGCUUCUAGGCAAGGAGGAGCCACCGUGCCCCGGGCUCUUCAGACCCAAUGACUAGUCUGAGGGGCCCAGGUGCUUCUCAGCCAAGCAGACCUAGCAUGGCCACCUCGGGGCCACUGCAAAUAUUCCUAAGUUAGAUUUGCGUUUGCGUGCUCAGCUUUGCACAGCUUGAAUAAACACAUGGUUGCAGCCACA